UUAAGCUCGGAGAGAAACUUCUCUCUGAUCAUUUCUCACUGUACACGAGCGCAAGGCGAACUUUCACUUCAAAAUGAAUGACGCCAGCAUUGAAAGUUUAAUCUUGAAACUGCAAAACAUCCACGCCGUAAAAUUUGGAACAUUUAAACUGAAAAGUGGACUAAUUUCGCCAAUAUACUUUGAUCUUAGAGUAAUAGUGUCCUACCCGGCGUUGAUGAACCAGGUGGCACACCUUCUUCAUAAGCGUGCAGAGGACGCAGGAGUGAAGUUUGAUUGUGUGUGUGGCGUUCCCUACACAGCUCUUCCUUUGGCCACAAUCAUCUGCUCCACUAAAGAAUAUCCCAUGCUUAUCCGGCGAAAGGAGGUCAAAGACUACGGAACACAGCGUCUUAUCGAGGGACGCAUCCACCCUGGACAGAAAUGUUUAAUAGUGGAGGAUGUUGUGACCAGUGGAAGCAGUGUUCUAGAAACCGCUGAGGUGCUCGAAAAUGAAGGGCUGAAGAUCACUGAUGCAGUCGUCUUACUGGACCGAGAACAGGGGGGUAGUUCGAUGCUAGCUGAUAAAGGCAUAACUCUGCAUUCAGUCAUUUCUGUCUCCAAACUCUUGGAAGUAUUGGUAAAAGCUGGACGAAUUGACUUGGCCGCUUCUCAGGAUGUACAGAGGUUUGUUGAAGAAAAUAACACUUACAAGGACAAUGGCUCCUCAGUUGCCAUCAAGAGCCCCAAGAUGCUCAGCUAUGGGGCUCGUGCUGGCUUGCCCAACACUCAUCCACUUGCUUCUCAGCUGUUGAAGAUCAUGGAGGAAAAGAAGACCAAUCUGUGUGUGUCUGCAGAUGUGACUAGUUCUAUAGAGUUGCUGGAGAUUGCAGUGAUGUUGGGUCCACUGAUUUGUGUGUUGAAGACUCAUGUAGACAUCUUGGAGGAUUUUACUUCAGAUGUUGCCAGCAAACUUAAAGAGUUGGCUAUAAAGCACAACUUCCUGAUUUUUGAGGAUCGCAAGUUUGCAGACAUUGGGAACACGGUUAAGCAUCAAUAUGAAGGUGGUCUUUACCAGAUCUCAUCAUGGGCUCGCAUCAUCAAUGCCCAUGCUUUGCCAGGUCCGGGUGUUCUGCAGGGUCUCUGUCCAGUUGGCAAGCCUCUGGGUCACGGCUGUUUGCUCAUUGCUCAGAUGAGCUCACAAGGUUCCCUAGCAACAGGAGAUUACACUCAAGCAGUGGUGAAGAUGGCUGAGGACCAUUCUGACUUUGUGUUUGGGUUUAUAAGUGGAUCAAAGAUCAGUGAAAAGCCUGGUUUUGUACACAUGACGCCAGGAGUGCAAAUGCAAACAGGAGGGGAUGGACUUGGACAGCAGUAUUCAAGUCCAGAAGAUGUGAUUUGCUGUAAAGGAUCUGACAUCAUAAUUGUGGGACGAGGUAUUCUUGCAAGCCCAGAUCGUCUCAAACCUGCUGAAGAAUACAGAAAGGCAGGCUGGGAAGCAUAUCUGAAAAGACUCACAGGCCAGCUGAUGAAGCUCUCCUGAAUUGCGGAGUCAUGUCUGGCCUGUUAGAUUUAUAGCUUGAUCAUUCCCUUCAAUUUUAUUCUGUAUCAGUUAUAGUAUUAUAAUAUAGUUACUGUUGAUACUUCCCCCAUGUUAGGUUCACUAAAAUAUAAAUGUUAAACAAUUAAAUGUUAGAUUUCAAUCAAAAGUGAAUGGUUUUGAUAAUAUUGUAUUUUAAAUGCUUCAAUACAGGACAGAAGAUAUUUACAGUAUUAUUUUUGUGUAUUAAAUAAAGGGGGAGACCAAGGCAGGGUUAUCUCACAGUGGUGAUCUCAGUUUUUGAGUUAAAAAUUUUGAGUUAAAAAUCCAAUUAUACAAAUGGUUAUUUUGUUCUAGAUAUGUUUUUGUUGUUGUUUCAAACAACAAACCUGCUUAAAUAGUGUUAGCAUGAUUUGUGUUAUACAAUAUUACACUGAAAUUGCAUUGUCAAUUCAUCUGUGUUAUGAUAUAAACUUUUUAAUUUCAAGAGUUUUUUAACACCAUUUAAUACUUUUUACUGUAUUUGUUGGCCAAACCAAUACCUUGUUUUGGCAGGUUUUCUUUUUACAUUUUUUUUAUAUUAAAAAUGUUAUACUAGCUCCAUUGAGAAUACAUGAAUGUAAAUUAUACAGCAUGUAUAAAGUGAAUGUAUUGUAUCCCAAGACCGUGUUUAAAUAGAAAUGUACUUUCUAAAAUGGACAGCUUGAGAAAGUGGUUACAUACAGCUCAGUGGUUAGAGCAUGGUGCUAGCAACGCCAGAGUCAUGGGUUCGAUCCCAGGGAUUGUACAUACUCGGAAUCAAAAUGUAUAGAACAAUGCAAUUGCAAAGUAAGUGCUUUGGAUAAAAGCGUCUGCCAAAUGCACAAACAAUCUAAAAAGACCAGCAGGGGGCAGAUGCACACCAGCUGCUUUAUGUGUGUUGGUUUUUGCAUAUUAAAGGCCUUUCCAUUUUCAUGCGUAUCAUCAACAGCGAUCUAAAGGGAUUGAUGAUCACUCAAAUAGAAAUCAUUUCGUUCAUGUAGCG